AAGAAUGGAGCAGAUUUACCACAAAAUCGAGCUGGAGCCCGGCGCGCAGCCUACUGUACGAACUCAAUGGCGCCUGACUCAGCCCCAGCUACACAAAUUACGGAACCAACUUGACUACCUGCUGGCAAAAGGGUUUAUUCGACCGAGCACAUCCCCGUUCGCAGUACCAAUCCUGUUCACCCCAAAGAAGGACGGCGGACUUCGCAUGUGUACGGACUAUCGUGCCCUUAAUCAGGUAACGAUGAAAUCGUGCUACCCAAUCUCACUCACGGACGAGCUGAUUGACAACCUUCGCAGAGCUCGCUACUUUUCGAAGAUCGACCUUCGUGGCGGUUACCAUCAAAUUCGGGUGUUCGCUGACGACUGCGACAAGACCAUGUUUCGUACUCGCUACAUGAGUUACGAAUACACGGUGAUGCAUUUUGGAUUAACGAACGCCCCCUCGAUGUUCCAGCUCACCAUGCACGAGGUGUUCCGCGAUCUACUUGAUAAAUGUGUGAAAAUUUACUUGGAUGACAUCCUGAUCUACAGCAAGACCCGGGAGCAACAUUUAAAGGAUUUGGAAGCGGUUUUUCACGGAGGGAAUUCAAAUAGACCCGAAAAAACUCCGGGCUAUUCAGGACAAGCUGUGUUUGAUGCAUUAAAAACUCUUUCAAUGCCGCCACUCGUACUUCGCAUCGCUGACCCGGAACGGCCCUUUGAAGUCAUUACCGACGCAAGUGACAUCGCCAUCGGAGCAGUGCUCAUGCAAGAUUUCGGCAAUGGUCUUCAACCAAUCCCGUACGAGUCUAGAAAAAUGCAAUCUGCUGAGCGCAACUACCCAAUUAACGACAAGGAGAUGCUGGCGAUUGUCCACGCAUUCAAAAUCUGGAUGCGCUACCUGACUGGAGCACACGUGACAGUGCGAACCGACCAUAAAUCCCUACAGUACCUGAGGGCGUAGCCGAAUCUCAACCCGCGGCAGAUAC